AUGGUACGACGGAAAAUUCGGUUUACAUCAAAACGGCAUAUUUUCAAAGAUCUUUGCGAAUUAUGGCGCACUACAAUUACUUUAGCAAAUGAAAAUAAAAGGAAAUUGCUCCGAUCAUUAUCUAAUGCAAAAGCAAACGUAACAGCUGCUGAAUCAACCCUCAAAACAAAUUCUUCAAAAGCAAUUUCAUUUAAUUCCAACAAAUGCAUUCAUGUGCUAGACGGAAAUGAUGUGGAACAAAAUGAGCAGCAAAGAUUACUAGUACAGAAAUUGAGUUACGAUUCAGCAGCUACUGAUAAUGAUAACGAUGAUAACGAUGGAAUGGAUAAAAUAAAUUUCACACCAAAUUGGGUUACGGUUCAACCGCUUCCUACUAAUGGAGGAAUACGGUUCAAUCACUUCCCACAAAAGGAAGUGAAGGAUCCUAAGCGCCAAGUUAUUUUACAAAUGUGCUUCAUCGAGGUCGGUUGGAGAUACGAUAUCGGGCAUCAUUUGGUCUCCUUUGUUCUUAGUGGUUCUGUCAUCAAAUUGUUGUGUUGA